AUGUUAAGAGAAAGUAAGCAGGUAGCCUACUUUGACGAGAAUAGCUCCCCUGAUGACAAACGUCCAGAUGAGUUCAAGACGUUCUGGUCGAAACACUAUGAGUUAUCUGCUCAUAAGAACUGCCUCUUGUGGGGAAACAGAGUAAUAAUUCCCAAAGAGGGUCAACAGCGAGUGUUAGACGAGCUCCAGCUGGGUCAUCCAGGGAUUGGACACAUGAGAGCCCUUGCUCGGUCAUACGUAUGGUGGCCGAAGAUCGAUGAGGACAUUGAACAGUCUGUCAAGAGUUGCACCGAAUACCAAUGCACAAGGCAUGCACCACCACGUGUGCCGAUACAUCCUUGGGAGGUUCCACACUCUCAAUGGUCUCGUCUUCACGUGGACUUUGCUGGUCCGUUCCAUAGACAAUCAUUCCUCCUAGUAGUUGAUGCCUACUCAAAGGAGCUAGAGGAAAAGCUCAUGCCAUCUACAUCUGCCGAAGCUACUGUCAACGUACUACGGGAGAUCUUCACUACGCACGGCAUUCCAGAUGUUGUGGUCAGCGACAACGGACCUCAGUUCACAUCUGCUCACUUCCAAACAUUGCUUCGGAGAAACGCUAUAAGGCAAAUUCUCGUGGCUCCCUAUCACGCUGCAAGCAACGGACAGGCAGAACGAAUGGUUGAAGACUUGUCUGACAGACUGCAUCCAGAUGGAAUAAGUAAACGCCAGGAGGUAGAGGAAAAGCAGGCUCCCAGACCAGCCGUAAGGACCUUUAAAGACUCUGACCGGGUGUAUGUGCGAAACUAUGGCCAUGGACAGCCAUGGAUCCCUGCAACAAUUGAGAAGCCUACUGGACCUGUGUCGUACAGAGUUAUAACUCAGGAUGGCAGAGUUGUGAGACGCCAUCUAAACCAAAUGAGAGGUCACGCCACACCAAGCAACGAACUGCCAGAGUCAGUUGAGAACCCGACUGAUGUUUCUACAGGCGACUGUGUCCCACAAGGACUUGUAACACCUACAUCUGUUCCAAUGGAUCAAGCACCAGCUAGUUCCCCAGCUGUUACAGAAGCCGCAACUUAG